CGUGCUGGGGGCGGGGCCACAGGCUGGGGAUUGUGUCACUUUGAGGGAAAGGAGAGAGGGAGCCGGGAGGGCAGCGGAGGGGAUCGCGGAGUAAAGAAUGGUGACAGGCGGCAGGGAGUGACAGUCACAGCACGGAGACAGGUACCACGCCAUGGGCAUUAACAGGACAUAGGAAGCCAUGAGUAUAAGCUCUGUUGGGGCCAAAUUAGAAGAAAAUAGAAGAAGAAAAAAUGGCUGACUCGUCUUGGAGAGCUGCGGAUACUAAGCAUCAGAGCUGAGCAAGAGGAUCUCAGUAUCCCCCCCCCAUACAACAAAGGAGAGGAAUUUGCCGAGGGAGAGAGAUCUUUCCGCAGGAUUUACAACGCCUUUAGGUGUGAAACUGCUCCGCUCGUAGCCCCUGGGGACAUUGGUCACCUAAGCGAUUUGCCACCAGGAAGCAGGACACCGGCUGCCAUCAGUCACAGCCGCUGAGAAGAGAUGGUGCAGAAGUACCAGUCGCCGGUGCGGGUCUACAAGUACCCCUUUGAGUUGGUCAUGGCGGCCUACGAGAAGCGCUUCCCCACCUGCCCCCAGAUCCCGGUGUUCCUGGGCAGCGACAUCCUGCAGGAGCACAAGAGCGAGGACGGGGCACUUCACGUGGUGGAACGCAGCUGCAAACUCAACGUGGACGCGCCGCGACUCCUGAAAAAAAUCGCGGGGGUCGAAUUUGUCUACUUCAUUCAGAAGAACACUGUGAACUGGAAAGAUCGGACGCUGCUGAUCGAGGCUCACAACGAGACCUUCUCCAGCCGUGUGUUAGUGAACGAGACCUGCAGUUACUCAGUUCACCCAGAAAAUGAGGAAUGGACAUGCUUCGAGCAGACUGCGUCUCUGGACAUCAAGUCGUUCUUUGGCUUUGAGAGCACGGUGGAGAAGAUCGCAAUGAAGCAGUACACCGCCAACAUCAAGAGGGGUAAGGAAGUCAUCGAAUUUUACUUGAACGAGCUCAUAUCCCAAGGCAUCACCCACCUUCCCAAAUGGACACCCGGGGUCCCAGCUGGCUGGCACCCCCUGCAGGCCUUCAGAAGUGGUAUUACCCGCAGCAACCAGGCCGAGCAAACAGCCUCUCAGGGACCAUGUAAAGCAGACGCGGGGAGCCACAGCUUGGCCGCAGAGCCAUCCACUCCUGACACUGAUAAACUAGAAGCCGACUACAUAGAACGCUACCUCGGGCAGCUUACGCCAAUGCAGGAGAGCGCCCUUAUCCACCUGCGCCAGUGGCUGCAAGAGACGCACAAAGGCAAGUCAGAGGCCGGAGAAUGGAAGCCAGAAAAGAUCCCAAAAGACGAGCACAUCCUGCGCUUCCUGCGGGCUCGCGAUUUCAACAUGGAGAAGGCCAGAGAGAUGCUGUGUCAGUCCCUUUCCUGGCGCAAGCAGCACCAAGUGGAUUACAUCCUCCAGACCUGGCAGCCGCCCCGUGUACUAGAGGAGUACUAUGCCGGGGGUUGGCAUUACCACGACAAGGAUGGACGCCCACUGUAUAUUUUGCGCUUGGGACAGGUGGACACAAAGGGCUUGGUGAAAGCGCUCGGGGAGGAAGCCAUCCUGCGGCAUGUUCUAUCCAUUAAUGAAGAAGGACAGAAACGCUGUGAGGAGAACACUCGUCAGUUUGGCCGCCCCAUCUGGUCAUGGACCUGCCUGGUGGAUCUUGAAGGUCUCAACAUGAGGCAUCUCUGGAGGCCUGGAGUAAAAGCCUUGCUCAGGAUUAUAGAGGUUGUGGAGGCUAAUUACCCAGAAACCUUAGGGAGGCUGCUGAUUGUACGGGCCCCACGCGUGUUCCCUGUUCUCUGGACCCUGGUCAGUCCAUUCAUUAACGAGAACUCCAGGCAGAAAUUCCUUAUAUACAGCGGCAACAACUACCAGGGGCCAGGGGGCAUCGCAGACUAUGUGGACAAAGAGAUCGUCCCGGAUUUCCUUGGGGGAGAGUGUGUGUGUAACAUUCCCGAGGGAGGACUUGUCCCCAAGUCGCUGUACCAGUCUGACGAGGACGCAGAAAUGUCGGAUCACAUACGGCUCUGGACAGAGACGAUUUACCAGUCAUCCUGUGUGUGGAAAGGAGCGCCCCACGAGAUCAUUGUUGAGAUCCUGGAGGAGGAGUCGGUGAUCACAUGGGACUUUGACAUCCUGCGUGGAGAUGUUAUUUUCAGCCUCUUUCACUCCAAGCGAGCCCCAGAUACGCGGCAGAGGGAGUUGGCCCUAGCGGCCGGUAACGCCCCGUCCAGCAACGUGCAGCUGAUUGACAAGAGCUGGACCCUGGGUGUCGAUUACAGCAGAGUUCAGGCCCCUUUAGUGUGCAGAGAAGGGGAAAGCAUUCAGGGCUCACACGUCACUCGCUGGCCUGGGAUCUACAUCCUGCAGUGGAAGAUGCACAGUUCUGCCUCUGGCUCCAGUAUGGCUCGGGUCGACGAUGUAUUGGCGUCUCUGCAGGGCUCAAGCCACAAGUGCAAACUUAUGUAUUACUUUGAGGUUCUGGCCUCCGAAGAUUUCAGGGGUUCCAUGUCCAGCCUGGAGUCCUGUAGCGGCUUCUCUCAGCUCAGCGGAGUAACCAACACCUCGAGCAAGUCUCACAGCAGCUCCCUCAUCUCCAGAUAACAAACACUUAUUUGGGGGGUCGGCACCCCUAGUUUAAUGGACCAUAUGCUCAUGGCUGGCCUUAUUUUCACUGUAGAUGACAAGGUCCCUGGCGGCCAUCUUGUCUCACUUCAUGGCACAAAAGAGCGUCUAGUGUUACUGGGACUGAAGAACCAGCGCCAACGAAGCUGCUUUCCAACAGGAUUGGAACAGAGCAUCUGAGUGGGGGGCUACCCUUGGCGUCUCCGUGCAGGACAAAGCCAGAUAAACACUUUAACCAAAGAAGUGUAUGGAAUUUUUCUUCCACCUCAGAAAUGUACUGAACAAUUAGAAUUCAAUAGGAGACCCCCUUAUAUGAGAAUGUCUUGUAGAACCUUUCUAACGCCUCUUGUAGAGGUUCCCUGUAUGGACUGAGGUGAGUCGCACUGUUGGGUGGGCUUCACUGAUAAUUAACCUACAGGAUGGGAUGGGGGGGCUGGUCACAUGACAGGGCUUACGCCACUGUUUAUUUCUCAAGUGACUAGACAUCACAAUGCACCUCACUGCACUGCCUUAUUUAUUGGGUGGCACGUACCUCUAGGGCCCCAAUGCUCAUUUAAAGGAGAAGGAAAGGUACAAUCACUUGGGGGGGCUAACAUCUUGGCAGUCAUUUUACCUUUCCUUCUCCUUGAAGCCCCUUAUAAUGAUAUAUAUCUGUGCAUGCUCAAGCCUCUGUAGGACGCCUUGGCUCUCCGGCUGCCACAGAACUACAACUAUCAACAGCUUUUCUGUAGCGGUGUUGCCUGCAAGGGCCGGAACAUGUCGAUCUAGAACCCCAUGACCUAUCCUGCUCUCUCUGACCUGGGGCAGGCACUAGUGUUGGUCUGAUACCUACAUACCUACGAUCCCUACAUCCUUCUAGAGAAUGUAGUCAUUAGUGCAUUUGCUUAAAGCCUAAGGAGAACCUAACCUCUUUCCUAAUGCCAGACUGCACGUUUUCUGGGCCGUUCAUUCACGUUUCCGCAUUUCCGUUAUGAAAUCCAGGCAGUAUUUUUAGCUGGCUGAGCAGGAGCAGUCUGUCGGGACCAGGUCCGGUUUCCUGACCAGGGUAGGAGAGCAGCCCACAAGCUGAAAGCUGAGUGUCUGUAAGAGGCAGCUUGGCUGCACUAACCAAUGGUGCUCUGCUGCUAAUAAUUCUCUAUAUGAUAUAUAUUUGUGUAUGCUUCAAUAUACUCUUAGGUUAGCUUUUAUUAUAAACCUUUAAUAUCAAAUAGGGGUGCUCCAGGCUAUGGGUGUUUGUAUCAUACGCCUACAAAGGGGUCAUCUAUUAACUCCCCAUUGCAAUGAUGCAGUUGGUGGGUGGCUCACCCUAACUGAGGUGGCUCCCCUCUCUGGUGAGGAAAAGGCUACACAAACCAGCGUAAACACAACAAUUGCCCGGCUACAGGUGGCUACUGAGGCGACCUAUGCCACUAGCAGUCGGGGUACUCGGCCCUGAACCACUUUAGUCCCAGUACUGACCUGAAUGUAGACUAGGAUGCCUCUCUGUGUUCUAGGGGGUCCCGCUACCCCCAGUGCUCGCUAGUAACUCACUGAUCUCACUGCAGCCUGCCAAUGGCUGUUGGGGUUUCCCAGCCAAUCAUUUUCAUGGCUACAUCGCAGGGUUUAGAGCUUCUGCCACCCCCAGUGUUGGUGAUGAGCCUUAUAAUGGGGUUAACAUGGCACAACAGACAUGUUGGCACAAGUAUUGUAUUAUACCAAUGGUGCCCCCUCCUCCUCUUCCAUUGAAUGUGCUAGCAAUAAGGGAUGCGCUUCUGGGUGCUAAUAUGCCUUUUUAGUACAUUAAGGAGACUAAUUCUAUGUUCUACGUAUACCCAGGCCCAGACUGGAUCUCAAUAGAGGCGCCUAAAACAGCCCCCCACAGGCCCAAUAACUAAUGCGUGUCUAUGGCUAGCAGCCCCUCUGGCAUUUGCCCAAAUGCACAGAAUAGGCAUUCCCUCCAUUUUAUUUCCCAAGGACAAGGCAUAUGGAAUGUACAGUCCCUCAGCUGAGGACACCGAUAAGAACACAAACAAACAAGGGCACUUGAUGCAUUUCUAUACACUGAGCCUCUACCUGCAUAAUACAUGGGAUUCCUAUAGGUCAGGGCACAUAAUGUACGUGGAGAUUGAUUGUAGAAACCAAAGUCUGCAGGAUAUUAUGCGUAUAAAGAGGUUGUUCGCCUUUGAGGUAAUGUUUAGUAUGAUACACAGAGUGCUAUUUGGAUACAGUUUGAUUUUGGUCUUCAUUUUUUAUUAUUGGCAGUUUUUUAAUUAUUUUACUUUUUGUUCUGCAGCUCUCCCGUUUGGAAUUUCAGCAGUUAUCUGGUUGCUAUGGACCAAUUUACCUUAGUAACCAAGGAGUGGUUUGAGAGAGUGACUGGAAUACGAAUAGUAGAGUAAUAAAAAUCAGCAAUAGCAAUAAAAUUGUAGCCUCACAGAGCAAUGGUUUUUGGCUGCCAGGGUCAGUGACCCCCAUUUUAAAGCUGGAAAGAGGCAGAAGAAGAAGGCAAAUAAUUCAAAAACGAUAAAAGAUAAAAAAAAUGAAGACUAAUUGAACUUAAAGACUAAAUUAACUUAAAGGUGAAUAACCCCUUUAUAUAUAUAUAUAUAUAUAUAGGGAUUUACCUUGGUAACAGGUAACAAUUAAAAAGCUUUCUGGCAUACACAGGGAUAUCUCUCUCCCAAGGAGCUUACAGUCUUGUUCAGUACUGUCUAUUGUUAAACUAUUCCCACUGGGUAUAGUGUGACCGUGCAUGCACUUUAUAGGGAGGCUGUAGUAAAAGCACAAGCUCUAUUAGGGGUAGUAGGGUGCUACUUACUGUUUGUAUCUGCUGCUCGUACCUUAUAGACACUACAAAUACGAUACUACAGGGCUGUAUUGUCUGCCUGACUGGCUGCGGCCGUGUUCUGUCGGACCACUCUUCUUUAUGUUUUUAAAGGGCUUUUUUCUAAAUACUGUACUAGAUAACAGCACAACUCUCUCUGUAUUUGUCACAACAAGGUGCACUUUAUUUCCAAUGACAGCAGCUCUGCAGGUCCGUUCUUUAUAUGGGUCAGAACUUACAGGGCUGUGAGAGCCAUACAGCAUUUAUAUUGAAAGGGCUUAUAUAACCACCAUAGGAUGCCCACUACACUCAGUUAUACCAGCAGGCACAUAUGUACAUAGAUAAUAGCUCCUGUAGGACUACUGAGCCCUCAAGCUGCUCCCUGAUUGGUCAUCCUGUGUGUCACUCAGAUUACUAUUACAUCGUUCGGAUGAAGCUGCUCUUUAUCUGGUUAAUCUCAACCUGUCUGUAACGUUCUUGUGUGUUGGCUUUCUACCUCUGGUGACUACUUGCCACUAGCAUUUCAGAUGAGAAAUACCCUGGAAUGACCACUGGGUGUCACUGUUGCAACAUAGGUAACUAAUUAGCAGGGCCAGUGUAACGAAAGCACUAACCAGGCUGUCACCUAAAAGGAUGGGCCCUAGUGGGGCAAAUUCCCAGUCCAACCUGGCUUUGCCAUCUGGGCCUAUCCUAUGCUCAACCAGAAGGACUCUGUAACUGAUUCUCUAUUAAUAGAUGAACUUUAUUUUCUUCAGAUGGUGUUUUUCUUUUGUUUAUAAAAUUUAAUAUAUUUAUUUUUUUGCUCUUAAAAGAAAAAGAAUAAAUUGAUUUAUGGUAACAGAUGAA